AUGAGUAGUUUCUGCGAGAUUAUCCGCAACCUCCGGAACCCCAAGGCUCCCAGUAAACUUUCGACUUUUAUUUCAGGGUUCGUGAGGAAGAUUAUCUCCAAAUUCCAUGGGGCUCUCCUUGUGUUCAGACGAAGCAAAGCCACGGUUCCCAUGAGUACCAAUCCAGUUGACGAGGACCUGAACCUUGGACUCCUCCAUGAAGCUGACCACAAGGAAGAACAGUAUGAAGCAUCUACAUCUCCUAUUCCAAUGAAGCAGCAAAAAGGUACCAAGGCAGAAGUAACUCCAAUCUGCCCUAAUACACAAGCACUUGUGGUAGAACAAGUCAAAAAAGAUGACUAUUGUCAGCAUUGUUCUAAGAUCGGUGACCAUAAAACUGCAAUGUGCCCCAAUAAACCGAAGAGAGGUUUAAUGUUUUGUACCGUUUGCCGCCACAUCUAUCCCAAAUUCUGUAAAAAACCGGAAGAGCACGGCAACAAAGCAGAGGACUAUAUUUUCUGUCGACAUUGUUAUACAAUUGGUGACCAUGAAACUGCAAUGUGCCCCAAUAAACCGAAGAAACGUGUAAUGGUUUGCAGCGUUUGCAGCGACCUCUAUCCGUGUAAAAAUCAGGAAGAGCAUGGCAACAAAGGAGUUGAAGUAAACAAUUUUUGUUCUCAAUGUAGUAAGAAGGGCCACUUGCCUCAAGAGUGCACAGAGGAGUAUGAUCCAACUUUAACCUUGAACGACUGAAUAAUGCAGUUGUAACUUUGAUGCACAUGAACUCCUUGGCUCAUAGGCCAUCAGAGUCAACACUACACCUCGAUUGUUUUGGAUUUCAUAGUUAGUUCGUAUGGAACUUCCCAGUGUAGUUUUCUUUAAUUUCAAGUCUGCAAUUUAUUUUUGGUUUUCUAGUUUGUUAAG